AUGGGGAAAACCCUUCACAAGAAGCUCAAAAAAACACCUGUCGCCUGGCUAAGGAAUGAGGCCUUCCAUUCGGGCACCGUCGGCCUGCGAACCCUUCAGCGAGUAAUCUAUCCCAACAUCACCACAGAGGAACUGCACGUGGAUUCGAUGGACAUUCUGAGUUUUCUAGGCAACUGCGCGAUCAAGCCAGCCAACUUCAUCUACAGGAACGUGAUCCGCACGGUUUGCCUGCUGCUGUCGCAUCAUGAGAUGGGACCCAGGGUGCAACAAGCCUUGGAACCCAGCAACGUGGUGCCCACCUGCCUCUUUGCCAUGAAGGACUGCGAAGACACCUACGUUCAGGUCUAUGGCUUUUUGCUCGUGGCGAACUUCAGCCGCGACCGAGCGCUGUUGUACAACUUCCUCAACGAAUCGGCGGUGAUUAACGAGCUCUUAACCACCAUCCGCCGCUCGGCGCCCCAUGCCAACGCGCCCGAGGCCACCUUGCCGGUGCGCGAGACCUUGUCGAACGUCACCGGGCCCUGGAGCAGCUCCGCCGUGGCGCGGAACCGCUCCUGGGCGCCGAACCCGGAGCGUUUGCGGCGCGGAGCGUUCGGCUAUAUGUUGGCCAUGUCCGCCUUGACCAACUUCGCCGAGCGUGUGAAGGAGAAGUUCCGCGGAGACGACGGCGAGAUCCCGGUGAAUCCGGACAUGAAGGAUGAUGGAGGUUUGGUGAUCUCGAAUCGCAUCACGCUCAACAAGUUGACCUCCACCUGCAUGCGGGAGUUGGAUACCAUCGCCAUGGAGAAGAAGCUCGGCGAGUUGACCCCCUCCGAGGAGUUCAUCGCCAUGCUCCGGGUCUUGAUUUGCGCCAACAACUUCAUGGCCAGGGUGGAGCUCGAAGACCCCGGCCGCGGCGGCGAGGUGAAAUUGGAAGCGAUGGAUGUUCAUCACUCAGUGACAACAUGGCUCGGUAAGGUUUCCGGCACAGCUCAGGUGCUUCAAGCUCUGCGGCAUGAUUUCAGGACCUUGGGAAUGCUGCACAGUAAGACGCAAGGGAUGUUGGAGGCAUUCCCUGCGCACACAGAGGGGGGGGCUGCCUCAUCGUUGGUCGCUGCGGUCGUGGAGUGCUUGACUGGUCUCACCUUCUUGAGCCCUUUGAGUAUCCGGGCGCCCUUGGUGGCCUACAGGAUUUCACUGGGAUGCCCUGAGUGGCUACAACCGAGCUUGAUGGCGCUGAUUGCGAAUGCCUUGGCAGAUCCUGCUCGGAUCAACCAAUUUGAGGAGGACGAACCCGAGUGUAUGCUCCGCGCGCGAUCGGAUCACCUCUUCCCCAUGCUGGCGACUUCCACCCUGGAGAUUCGCCAGAAGGUCCUUGGAGUGCUGGCGAACGCGGCGGCACAAGAUGAGCUGCUGGAGUUCAUCGUGAAUUCCGGGGUCUUUCGGAUUUGCAAGGGAAUUCCCGGAAAGGGCUGGUUCGUGGAGCACUUCGCCCUCAUGAUCGAGCUCACUCGGAUGUUGGCGAACCUGACCUGUCGGCAGAACACGCACAAGGCCGUGAUGACACCCGACACCAUGGCCUUCUUGCGCGACGUGUUGCGGCACUGCGCCGUGCUUUUCCACCGAGCCCCUUGCUCGGAGCUCGGCCAGGACGAGGAUAAGUUCGACUACUACGAGGUGGUCUUUGAGCCAGAAGAUGCACCACCACUGGGAUUGAGGAUUGGCUGGGAAUUGCCACCACAGCUGUCGAAGGUGUUGCCCAACCGCAGCGCGGCGCGCGUGUGCACCGAGCUACGUCCGGGCGAUGAACUGGUGGAGGUGAACGGCACCGACGUGACCGAGUUGGAACAAGGCGACAUCGAACCCAUGUUCGAAGCGCGUCCCUUGAAGCUCCUCUUCCGGCGCCGUCCCGAGCCCUCCAAGGAACGGGGGCGGGGGGCACUGCGCGGGUGGAUGAAGGGGGGCGGAGCCCUGGAAGCGGUGGUGACACGUGGCGUUCGCGAGAAGCAGGAGGAGGGCAUGCGAGUCGUGGGGAACAUUCGGAUUGAGCAAGUGCAGAAGGUGGCGGCCUAUGGAGAUCCAGCACAGUACUUGGAGUGCUUCAACUUGGCCGUCCUGGUGAUCCACAACUUGGCUGUUGAGGCCAAGAACUUGGAGUUGCUCCACAGCGAGCCACGGAUUCUGAGAGUACUCUUGGAGGUGGGAUGCUCUCUUCAGCGGCAGGUGAUGCCGGCGGACGCGACGUCGCCCAGUUUGCGACGCUUGAUCUUCUCGACCUUGACGUGCUUGUGCCAAGAGAAGGCAGUCUCAGGGCGGAUCUUCCACGCGAUGGCGGAGUACUUCCAGAAUUGUCAAAAGACCGACUCCUCGCUGCACAAGUACAUCAUGUGUGGCUCGGACGAGGAACGGGCGGAGGGAGGGCGGAGGGAGGGCGGAACGGGCGUUCGGAGGGGUGGUCUAUAG